AUGGCGCCCCCGUUCGUCCCUGAGGACGAGGAACUGCUUAUCGCCAUCAGGAACACCAUCAGGAAUCAUCGCAAAGGCACCUGGGAAAAUACCACAAAGCUAUACAACAUUCUUGUUCCGUCGCGUGUUCAGCGAACGCAAGACAGCCUGCAGAACAGGUACAAGAUCAUGAAUGUAGAGCAGGCUCAGCGUAGAGCUCAGGGCAAUUCUAAAAGCGCUCUUGAGGACAAAGUUCUACGGACGUUCCACAAAAUGCUCAAUGUGAGUAUGUAUGCCACUGAGUAUCCGGAUCUAGCCAUACGGAAGAGCUCUGGCAUACGAGCUCGAACCCAAACAGCAGGCGGCCGAUCAAAGAACGGCCGGGAUGGGCGCAAUACCUCGAUAAGAUCCGCCGAGCCACACCAAACGCGAUCCAAGGUAAAUACAUGCUUCACUCACCCCAGCAACACUUUCAUUGAGAUUUGUUCAGGGCCAAUCGUCAUCGAAGGACAGCCAUAUCAACUACCGGCCGAGCGUGAGGAUGUCGAUAGUUUCACAAACGUUUUCGCGCCCAUCUGGAAGCGCUAA